AUGGCUUCGGACGCACGUCAACGUUUUGAUCAGUCCCCCGAGUUGCAAAACCUCAAGUCGGAGAUUGAGCGAACUGCUGAACGUGCUAGGCGCGAUAAGCUUGAAGAGCUGGGCCGUCUCAAACAGCAAUACAGAGAGCUCAUGGAGUGCUAUGAUCGGUACGAGUGCGAGACGCACGAAGUACUCGUCAACCGCUAUCACGGAUAUACCGAAACACAGCAUAAACCGGAUUGUGCAAAAUGUGAUUUCAAGCGCUCCGCCGAAGCUCUAGAGAUCGAUAUCCAUGAAUGGCCGCUUUCUUCCAAGACAUCUGCUGCGAAUGCGACAGUGUUCGAGCUCCGUGUACCAGAGGCUUUCAGCCAUUGGCGCGACGCCAAUAUAUAUGUGCUUGUCUCCGCCCUCGGUCAUCGAGACAUGGAUUCAUCUAGGCCGCAAUGCCAGUGCACACUAGACAAGCAUCAUGGUCUCUCGCACAUGCUGUCCGCGGGGUAUCAAGACCGCCGUGUCGUACCUCUGUCUUCUGUCAAGGCUCAUACAGGCACGCAUAGAAACCAUAAGAAGUCCAUCUUGCAUGUCCAAGAAAAGGAUCAGGGCGAUGAUCCAGCCCUAACUAAUGUUUGGGCCCCACUUGGUGUUUGGGACAACGAAGACGAUGAGACAGAUGAGUGGAACGAUGUUAAAGAUGCGGAUAUGCGCCUACUAAAAGUGUUGAAGGCUUUUUAG